GCCAAACCGCAGUCUUCCGGGUCGUUGAAGAGCGACGCGCCGGCUCCUGCGCGCGCUAGUCGCAGCCGCGGAGCGAUGGUGCGCGGAGCGUCCGGGGACGUCGGUGUUUCCUGAACCCCUCGGAGGAGCGGAUGCGAUGCCGGGGAACAUGAGCAAAGGGGACGCCCCGACGAGCCGGAGCGCCUCUUUGACGUUCACCAUCGACAGCAUCCUCAACCUGAGGCAGCGGGACGGCGGAGACCGCGACGCCGCGAGGAGGCAGGGGGACAGUGGAUGUAAGGGUGAUUUCGAAGCGCAGUACGAGGAGGUGUGGGACGUCCGGAGGAGACACGACAGCGAGUCGGAUGGGACAGUGAAGCCCAGAGUCCACCGUGCGGACCGCGGGGACAACACGCCGCCGCUGCCCGCCGGCUCCUGCUGUCCCGGGGCGCAAAGUGCGCACGGCGCCGAGGACGCGUCCGAGGCGCAGCAGGAGCAGCAGCAGCAGCAGCAGACCAGCACCGACACCAAAGCCGCCGCGGCGAAGAAGAAGACGCGCACCAUCUUCUCCAAGAGACAGAUAUUUCAGCUGGAGGCCACGUUCGACAUGAAGCGCUACCUGAGCAGCUCGGAGAGGGCGUGCCUCGCCAGCUCGCUGCAGCUCACCGAGACGCAGGUGAAGAUCUGGUUCCAGAACCGCCGCAACAAGCUGAAGCGGCAGCUGUCCACGGACAUGGAGGGCCCGCUGGCCGCCGAGCACUUCCCCGAGGCGGCGGGCAAAAACGCGCAGCUACCGACUUUUUACAAGGACAGCAGCCUGCUGGGCGGAUGUUUGUUACCCGUGCCCUUCCCCGUCAUCUACCCGACCGCGAACGCGGCCCCUUACAUCUAUUUCUCCAACGCUGGGAAGUACUUCGGCCUGUUCGACGCGGACUGACCUUCUCCUCCGUUUUGGGAUGUUUUGGCUGCGUGGACAUACAGACAGUCAGCCCCCCCCCCGUUCGGGCUUCGGAUGAGAGGGUCACCUAUUUUAUUUGAUUGGGUUUUUUUUAUAUUGAUUUGUUUAUAAAAAUUCUACAAACUUUGAUGUAAACAUAUCAACUAUAUAAUCCAAAUACAUGCAUGUGCCACUUUUUUUGUCCUUCCCUAAAUGUCUAUUAUUAUUAUUAUUAUCAUCAUCAUCAUUAUUAUUAUUAUUUCUAUCACUAUUGUUAUUUUUAUUAUUAUUAUUAUUAUUAUUAUAUUUUCAAAGCAGAGGAAGAGAAAGUUGAUGAAUUGCGGAUGCCUUUACUCGCGCAGUAAACGUCAUCUGGACUGAAUGUAACGUUCAAGUAUAAAGCUUCAUCAAAUACUUUUUUUCGUCACCGUCUCUCAACACUAGCGUUGGGAUCUCCAAGUUUCUGUGGAGCAAACGCUUCCGUUUGUAUUUAUAUGGCCUUUUAUUUUGUAUUAUUAAUAUUAACAUUAAAGUUAAAAACACGCGUUUGUUGUCACUUGAUCUUUCAUAUGACAGACUGUUCGACUGUGAAUACAGUUAUUAUAUCAUGGCAAAUGAUGAAUUUUGCAAUAAAUAAAAAAAGCGUAAAUAUUC